GAAGGCGUUGGUCGAGGGACGGACUGAGGCGAAGGAGGCGCGAUGAGCGACGGCUCCGGAGACCCCGCCGCGGAGCCGCCGCCCGAGGCAGGCAGAGAGGUCCGGAUCGUCGUCGAGUACUGCAAGCCCUGUGGCUUUGAGUCUGCCUACCUGGAGCUGGCCAGCGCAGUCAAGGAAGAGUAUCCAGAUAUAGAGAUCGAGUCCCGGCUCGGAGGGACAGGAGCUUUUGAGAUUGAAAUAAACGGCCAGCUGGUCUUCUCCAAGCUCGAGAAUGGAGGAUUCCCGUACGAGAAAGAUCUCAUUGAAGCCAUCCGGAGGGCAAGAAACGGGGAGCAGCUCGAGAAGAUCACGAAGAGCCGCCCGCCCUGCGUCAUCCUUUAGCCACGCCCUCUCCGCUUCCUGUCUUUUGAGCCCCCUUCCUUCUCGCCUCCCCCCACCCCUGCUUGCUUCCAGCUGUCUUCACCUCUGCCUCCAGGUGGAAUGACCUUAUUAAGUGGGGCUACAGGAGCAGCGGCCUCAAGGUAUUUGGGGUUGUCUCAGCCCAGAGAGCCUUAGAAGCGAGAGCCACAGGAGGGGAUCCCCAGGGCCUCUCAAAAAGUGCCGGGCAAGGCUUCAGGGAAGUUCCCCUCGGUGCUCAUUUUCAGACAAGAGAACGGACUCCCAUCUUCACGUAACAGCUGCAUUUGCUAUCCGCCAUCUGAGCACGGAGCUCCUCCCCCCCCCCCCCCCCGCUCCUUUUGUAACUCAGUCCUCUUUGGGACUUUGUUCUGGGACGCAGACUCCUCCUCCGUCCCCUUCUGACCAACAGUCAGGACAAGCCGGUGUUGUUUGUGCAGCCUGAAGUGCUGGAGGGGAUCUCGCUAAAGGGUCUUGGAAACACCACCCUUUGAGCAGGAUCACGGGCUCUAAAGGAGGUUCAGAAGGACAGCCUGUUCCCUGCAGAACAGGAGAGGAGCAGAGAUUCAAGGCAUUGCUUCCUGGUGAAAAACCUCUCGCUGUGACCAAAACUGUCCCCUCAGCAAUGCAGCAGGAGGUAUUUUGAGUGCACACACACACACACCAACUUCCAAAUACGAGAAUAAAAGAAACUGGAAAGCAGGUCUUGCGUGAUUUUAGGUUUUAACCAUCCACCUUUUCAGCGUUGAGCGUCGCCUGGUUGGACGAUGUUUCUGAACAGGAUGGGUGGAGCUUACUGGAGCAUUUUUGACAGGAGUCCCUCCUCGGGCUUCCCUGCAUUAUUUUCCUCCCUUGCAAGUUCCUGUUUCAGGGGGACGGGUUGUAUCCACAUGUGUUCUGCUCCCUCUUGUGGUCAAUUGACUAUCGCACCAGUUGAUCCCUGCCAUAGAUGGAAAUCUGCAGGGAGAUACAGCGGACAUAACCUGUUAUAAUAUGGAAUUGGCCACUAGAGGGAGCAAAACACAUGUGCAACAGACCCCCCCCCCCCCCCUUCAAGAAACUGGAACUUUCAAGCAAGGAAAAAAUGGGGAUGUGGCAAAGCCUUUCAUUGUUAGAUAGGUCAGAAGCUUGCUUUGCUGAGGGGGGGGCACGGCCCCAUCAGGAGGCAGCAUUUAGGAGAGGGCCAUUCCACCUGGAUUUUGCCAACUCAUACCAGAUUCUGGAGUGAGGGGGGGCGUAAAAGAGAAUAGGUUGACCUUUUUUUUUUUUUUAACCACACCUGCCCAACUCUUUGCCAGCCAGGUGCUCUGACCUACCCACGAGCCACCUGGGCAACGUUUUUUGGAGGGUUUGAAGCCCGAAACCGAGAGACAGAACUUUGGAACUUGCCCCUCGUUCAUCUCCCUCCUUUCAGCUGGAACGCAAAGACUUUACUGAAGCAACGUUUAAGCAUCUGCCCGACUCUUGCGCGUAGCUCACCGAGAGCUGUAGAUCCCAUUGUCAGUCACAUCUCCAUAAUGCCAAAGCUGCGAUACAAGUUUCUCUCAACUGUUCAAGCAGCAGCUGAUAAAAUGAAGCCGGGAUGUACGCAUGCGAAUCUCAGCAUCACGCAUCCCGCCCCCCCCCCCCCCCCGCCACGACAGAGGAAGAGGCGGGGACACAGCCGGAGGGUGCCGUGUCUCUCAUCACCACCAGUUUGUGAGUGACAGGUCGGCUUCCUCCUUUGCCCCCCCCCCUGCUGCUCCCCAGCUCCUAGGGCUUUUAGCACCCAGUUUUCACCUCUUUAUCUGCCACCUUGUGACUCUGGCAUUUCUGCCACUCCGGGAGCGCUAAGAGGCUGGGCCUCAACUGUGCUGCUAACUGCGAUAAAGACACACACACGCACAGAGAUGUCCGAGAGUGGGAGGAGGAGCAGUCUGAUGCUGCUUCUCGCUGCCUGAUUCGUUUGCAGAGAAGGUCAAUGAAUCUAUUCGCUAAUAUAGAAAUGUUUAAGAAUAAAAGUAUUUAAGAAUAAAA